UGCUUUUCAUGUGUUGAUUUUGUAUCCUUCCAACUUUGCUGAAUAUGUUUAUUAGUUCUAACAGUAUUUUUGUGGAAUCUUUAGGGUUUUCUACAUAUAGAAUCAUGUCAUCUGUGAACAGAGAUGGCUUUACUUAUUCUUUCCCAAUUUGAGCUCCUUUUAUUUCUUUUUCUUGUCUAACUGCUUUGGCUAGAACUUGUAAUACUCUGUUGGAUAGAGUGGCAAAUGCAGGCAUCUUUGUUUUGUUCCUGAUCUUAGGAUACGUUUUUCAAUCUUUCACCAUUAGAUAUGCUGUUAGCUGUGGGCCUAUCAUAUAUGGCCUUUAUUAUGUUGAGACAGAUGCCUUUUAUUCUUAGUUUGUUGCGUAUGACUGAGAUGUAACUUAACAUACCAUACAAUUCAUCCACUUAAAGUAUACAAUACAGUGUUUUUUAGUAUAUUCACAGGGUCCUUACACCUUUUUUACCCUCUGCUUAUCUCAGACUGGUUGGAUAAUAGUUUUCAUGUGCAUGAAGACUUGCUGGAAGGUAGAAGGCUGCAUCUUUUUGUAAUUUUAGAACAUCAUACUUUUGGAAUAAUGUCACCCAUUGUUUGAAGAGUUGGGACUCAUUUCUUUUGAACACCGACUCAGUGCUGACUUCAUAUGAAUAUGCAACUUAGGCUCCUGUGGGGCUGCUCCCAGUGUCAUUGACACCUGCAGGUGACAUAGCUCCCAAGUGUGGGUAAUGGAUCCUCUGGGUGCUUUACCCUUAGUUCAUCCACUUGGAUCUGCAAGUUGACCCUAGAGUUUAUGUAAAGGCUUCCAGGCCAUCCACUGGUAACCACUAUCCCAUCUAUGGGGCAGAGAGUUUAUAGGAGGGUGUUGAGGGCUAGCUUCUGGAAAAGGCUUCCACAGUGCAGAAGCCUAAGCAAGUUGUGUUUGAAUACUUGUGCCUUAGUAGUUCCUCAUUCCCAUGGAAGCUUGUGGAAUUAAACUCUUGUUGCUGUGGCCAAGCUGUUUGACCUUCCCUAUUUGCAUUGACCUUAAGUGGUCAAGGGUCAUCUAGGAAACAUGUGCUCCAAACACAAACCCUCAUCUUAGUGUCAGGAAGCCUGCAUGCCAGGGAUGGGAUAACAUGUAGUAUUGAGCAGAGGCUCAGGCCCCUCCAAACAGGGCAGGGUAAGUGGGUCGACAUCCAAGUCAGGGAAAUCCCUGGUUAUGUUGUACAUGAUUAUGUUGAUUAAUGACUUCAGGGCAGUUGAGGUCAUUUGCUGCUUGGUCAGCUGAGGCAUUAAGAGAAUAGAGACCAGCUUUUGGUGGCCUCUACCAUAUAAAGUAAGGAAGCUGAUUAUUUGGGCUGCUGUUUUUCCAGGAAAAAGUACAGGUUUUAAUCUAAUGGGAAUCCUGCCAGCAGUCUUACACAGCUUCUCCCAGUGGUUCUUCAAGGUCCUUUUUUGGCAGGAGGUAGCAGGCAGUUUGAGAGCCUGGGUCCUUUGAACUGUGCAAGUCCCUCUUUGAAGUGCUGUUCCUUUCCCUUCCCUCCUCUUUCCCCUAACUUCUGCAGGCCAAGUUAUCAGGGUCAUGUGUUGCUUGGUGUUCUUUCCUGGUUCCUGCCAGCAUGAUGGGGUAGCUGGUUUCAGAGGAAGAUGUGUGGGUCAGAGCCUUCCUUCCUUGCUUGAUCCGAUCUUUAUUUGGAUGGUAGAGGCUGCUCCCCCAAAACCCAGUGGCACAGCCAGCCAAAGAAGGGCAAAGGGGCAUUACUGUAGAUGAAGGACUUGCAGAGACAGUAGCACCAUGUUGUGGGAACUCUGGUAGUGGUAGAAACAGGUACAUAGGUGCAUGGAGCAUGUCAGGGGUAAAAAAGAAAUAGUCCAAGAUGGGGAAAUGUAUGUGGAAGUGUUCCUUGCAGAAUCAUUUACAGUAGGGAACAGUUGGAAUGUAAAUGUAUAGCCACUUGGAAGUGGUCAAAAUAAGACAACCCUGUGUAAUUGCUUUAAAAAACAUUUUUUUGUGUGUGGUAAAAUAUACAUAACAAUAUUGACCAUUUUAACCGUUUUAAAGUGUAAGUUCAGUGACAUGACCUGCAACCAUAAAGUUAAACCUCAGCCCUCUUAGUUGGUGUUUUUAGUAUUCUAAGCUUCUCAACUACCUGUUGGCACUCACAUGUAGUUGAUAUCAGGCAUCAUGUGUGAGUUUCUACUAUUUUACUCUUAGAAGGUAAUGACUUGUUUCUCAUAUUUAAGUUCUUGGGGAAAUACCUGUUUCCUUGUACACUAUAAACAGGCUAGAAAACCCUGUUCAUUUCCUUUUCUUUCUUUUUUUUUUUUUUACAUGUAUUUAUUUUUGAUAGAGACAGAGCACAAGUGGGGGAGGGGCAGAGAGAGAAGGAGACACAGAAUCUGAAGCAGGCUCCAGGCUCCAAGCUGUCAGCACAGAGCCCGACCCAGAGCUUGAACUCACAAACCAUGAGAUCAUGACCUGAGCCGAAGUCGGACGGUUAACCGACUGAACCACCCAGGUACAUGGGAAUAGGACUCUCAGCUCAAGGCGUCAACAUGAACAGACUUCCUGGGAAGAAGGAAGUACGAAGUCUGAAGUGCCUAGGAUUCACCAUGGAACUGGUAUUAGAAAUGGAGAGGGAAGAGAAAUUCGAGGGUUGGGAUAAACAUUCCUAUGGUUACCACGGCGAUGAUGGGCAUUCGUUCUGCUCCUCUGGGACUGGCCAGCCCUACGGUCCCACAUUCACCACAGGAGACGUGAUUGGCUGCUGUGUCAACCUCAUCAACAGCACCUGCUUCUACACCAAGAAUGGCCACAGCCUUGGUAUAGCCUUCACAGACCUCCCGGCCAACCUCUACCCCACCGUAGGCCUGCAGACACCUGGGGAGAUUGUGGACGCCAACUUUGGGCAGCAGCCCUUCCUGUUUGACAUUGAGGACUACAUGCGGGAGUGGCGUGCCAAGGUCCAAGGCACUGUCCAUUGCUUCCCCAUCAGUGCCCGGCUUGGAGAGUGGCAGGCGGUGCUGCAGAACAUGGUCUCAUCUUACCUGGUGCAUCAUGGGUAUUGUGCCACGGCCACAGCUUUUGCCCGAAUGACUGAAACCCCGAUUCAGGAAGAACAAGCAUCCAUAAAGAACAGACAAAAGAUCCAGAAGCUGGUGCUGGAGGGCCGUGUGGGUGAGGCCAUUGAGACCACGCAACGCUUCUAUCCAGGACUGCUGGAGCAUAACCCUAACCUGCUCUUCAUGCUCAAGUGCCGACAAUUUGUGGAGAUGGUGAAUGGGACUGACAGUGAGGUCCGCAGCUUGAGCUCCCGAAGCCCCAAGUCCCAGGACAGCUACCCUGGCUCCCCCAGCCUCAGCCCCCGACACGGCCCUAGUAGUUCCCACAUGCACAACACAGGAGCAGACAGUCCCAGCUGCAGCAAUGGCGUCGCAUCCACGAAGAGCAAACAGAACCACAGUAAAUACCCUGCACCCAGCUCCUCCUCCUCCUCCUCAUCCUCCUCGUCUUCCUCAUCCCCAUCCUCCGUCAAUUACUCCGAGUCCAACUCAACAGAUUCCACCAAGUCCCAGCCCCACAGCAGCACCAGUAACCAGGAGACCAGUGACAGUGAGAUGGAGAUGGAAGCAGAGCAUUACCCCAAUGGUGUGCUGGAGAGUGUGUCCACACACAUUGUCAAUGGCGCCUACAAGCAUGAGGACCUGCAGACAGAUGAGUCCAGCAUGGAUGAUGGGCAUCCUCGGCGGCAGCUCUGUGGGGGCAACCAGGCUGCCACAGAAAGGAUUAUCCUGUUUGGUCGCGAGUUGCAAGCACUGAGUGAGCAGCUGGGCCGGGAGUAUGGCAAGAAUUUGGCUCACACGGAGAUGCUGCAGGAUGCAUUUAGCCUGCUGGCGUACUCAGAUCCCUGGAGCUGCCCAGUUGGCCAGCAGCUUGACCCCAUCCAGAGGGAGCCUGUGUGUGCUGCCCUCAACAGCGCCAUUUUAGAGUCUCAGAACCUGCCAAAGCAGCCCCCUCUGAUGCUCGCCCUGGGUCAGGCAUCUGAAUGUCUACGGCUCAUGGCCAGAGCGGGCCUGGGAUCUUGCUCCUUUGCCAGAGUCGACGACUACUUGCACUAGCUGACCACGCUGGCUGGCCCCACCUGGCCCUUCCUCAGCCCCAGGGCUGGAGCAGCCCUGCCCUCCGUAGGCAUCUGGCGCAGGGACCUGGAAGCCAUGGGCAGAGUCCAUUCCUCCUGCCUGGCCUCCCCAACUCUGUUUUCUUUUCUUUUCUUUUCUCUUUUCUUUUCUUUUCUUUUCUUUUCUCUUUUCUUUUCUCUUUUCUUUUCUUCUCUCUUCUCUUUUCUUUUCUUGUUUUCUCUUCUCUUUCCUUUCUUCUCUUUCUUCUCUUCCCUUUCUUCCUUCCCCCCUUCCUCCCCCCCCCCCCCCCGCCAGCCCUCAGUCUCUGUCUUCACGUGCAGCGGCCUCUGACACAGUAUUGGCUGGUUACUCUCAUGUAGCGCCUUCUAGUUUGAAAGGGGGGUUUUGUUUUGAGGAGGGGUUGGGGUUUUUUAAAUCUUUUUGUUUUUUUCCUCCUGACUGAGCCACCAGUAUUUAUCUCUGGAGAGCUUGUGCUGAGCUGGUUUCUGCUCAUUUAGUGAUGAAGCCUAUCCAAGUUGGUGAUAGCUUACUAUUUUCAUAAGUAAAAAAAAAAAAAAUGAGAUUAUAUAUAUAAAUAUAUAUAUUAAAAAAAGACACAGUAUUUAUCGUAGUGUUAGUGAUCCAGCACCUCUUGGGUGAGGCUGUCCGGACACCAUAUGUUUUUAUUUGAGACCAACUCAUUAAAAAAGAAUCAUCUCUGUCACCUCAGCCAAGUGAUUUGUUUAUUUCAGGCUUCCCCUUUGUUGAGCCACAGGCCCAGCUGCAGCUCCUGGAAGCCCAGUAGGCUUUGGGGGGGGCCACUUAGUGGGCAGGUCAGGCUAAGCUGGUUUGCAGCAUCCGAAAGGUGUGGGUCCCUAGGCCCCUGAGAGUCGGGCUGGGUGGACAACUAUAGGGCUGAGGCUUCAGAGAAGGAAUGAGUUGGUUGGCCCAGGGCCACACAGCAAAGCAAGGGAGUAGAGGGUCCUUGGCCAGCACGCUAUCUACCGUUCUACCCUGCCUCUCACUGCCUACCUUGCCCCUCCCUUUCUCCCCCCACUCAGCAUCCUGUUUUCCCUUGUUAAGAUGGCCAAAUAAUUCAUUUACUCUAAAUUGAUUGCCUGGAAACUACCUGCCUUUGACUCGAGAGCUGCUGUGUGUCAGGCUGCGGGGAGGAUGUCUCCAUUCCAGGACAGAGGCCCUUGAGUACAGGGACUGCCUUCUUUCUGCCUGGAUCUUCACCAUCUCUGCACAGCUCUGAUGAAUCCAUGCUUUCUGUUGUGAAGCUAGGACCUUGUGGAGGCAGAUACUUGGGCCACCAGUUGCUGGAGUGGAUGGAACUCUUGACCUACUAAGCCAGGCUUCACUGCAGCUGUGCCAGGCAGCUCCCUGCAGCUUGGUCCCAGCCACUCUUAGAAAAGACUAUUAUGAGUAUUUGUUGGCCAGAGGAAGGGACCUCAUGGGCUCUACAAAUGUCCCACCAGCCGUUUCAGAUGGAUCUUCAUAGCUGAUGGGGUAGAAACAGUCCCGGUACUGCCAUCAGGGAAUCAGGAGAGGAAGGGCUGAGAUGACUGUUGGGACUUGAGCAAGCCAUCAGUGGAGAGGACUGACUGCCCAGGAGGAAGAAAAGGAGGAGGCCUACCCAGAGGAGCACCAGGAGGGUCUGGGCUUUCCCUACCUGCUUCAUAGUGAGAGGGAGUGCACAGGUAGCCCUUGCCAAGGGGCAAGGCCAGAAAUUGAACUUUGAGUCCCUGCCUGGGAAAGGGCUAGAUAAGCUCCUGUUCUCUGGCAGCAGACAUAGGGAUGGUUGGUACAGCCUGAGAUUCAUUGCCUGUCACGCCCAUAGCUGGACAAGAAAUGUGACUCAGUUGGACCAACUGCUUGUGAUUGGUGUAAGGGCCCUGGCCCUGUGCUUUCCCCGAGUUCUGCCUUGGGGCAUGAUCCUAUAAGCUGCUGCUUUUUCUUGGUCCCCACCAGGGCCUUGGCUGUCACCCCACAGACCAUGGCCUGUUGGAGAGGUGUUGUCAUGUCUGUAAAGGAAAACUCAUCCUGUGCGAGGCUGGGGAUGGCUAGCUCCCAAAUGCAGAGGUUAAAAACAUCAAGGUGUUAAAAUGAUCAGAGCUGAGCAGGAUUGGGCAUUAAAACCAGAGGCUUUUUUUAGCUGGAAUGGGGUUCAGAGACCAUCUACUCCAUCAGUCCUCUCAUUUAAUAAGGAAACAGGCCUGGGAGAUUAAAUGACUUAGCCAAAGUCACAGAGCAGGUUAGUGGCAGAGCUGGGACUAACCUCAUCCCCAUGGGCUGUACGACACUGUUUAGUCUUGAAGCCAAAUGGUGAGUGAAAGGCUUAGGCUGGUGAGGCCCCCAGCAGUGUCUAAGCAGCUGGUAUCUUCAGGGGUGUGUCAGGGAUGGGGAUGGGUGGCUGGGCUUGAAUUGUGGAGCAGCUGAGAGAGGGCCCAAGAGGGCCCAGGACAGCUGUGUGCUGCUUGGGGUUGAGUGUCCACCUGGCUCGCGCUCAGUUCCCAUGGCCAUCUCCCCAUUUUCUGUGCCUUAUCUCUCUGUUUCAGCUGAGUCCAAGUUGUUUACUCUGUUCCUCUCCAGAGGGGCUCUCUGUCCCAAUUGGACAGCUUACCUUUGGGACAUAAGCCUUUGCCCCACAAGCCAUGGAGAGGAUCAAAACCAAGCUGCUUGAGUCCACUAUCUUGCUGAUAGUCCAGGGCUGCCUGCCAGCCAGAGGAGCCCCUUAUGCACACCCAGUCCUACCAGCCUGUUGUCUGGGAGCCAACAGUGGGGAAGGCACCUGGGAGGAGCCCCAGUGAAGGGCUGGACCUGACCCAAGAGGACAGGAAGAAGACCUGGCUCUGUUGGGUCAUCCAGCCCUGGGGGAGCAGCCUUCCCUGUUUACCUUUUCCCCUUGUGCCACCAGAUGUUACCUUCCAGAGCGGACACUGGCAGAUGAUGCAAAGAAAGCCAGAACCUCUGAUCCUCACCCACAUGGGUCUGUGGCUGGGGGGUAGGCUGCCAGAACAGGGACACUAAGAGAUGGGGAAGUGGGGACUGCCCAGCCACCCAGCACCUUCCUACCCCUUAAGCAAGCACAAAGAAGAUGAGGCAGAGAACUGUCAGCGCUGAAAGUUCCUUUGGUUGCUCACAACUCAGGUAUGCAUGCAUGUGGCAGCCAGGCAGCAGAGCCCCCACUUGACUGCCAGUCCCGUGCACCGGACCUGUGGCCAGUUCAUGGACUCUGGCUGCCUCAGGUGCCACCUCUUUGCAUAGGGUUUUCCUCCAUUAGUAACUACAGCUGAAACAGAUGUCCUCCACAUUGUGCACACUGGUUCUGCCUUUGUCCUUGCGAGUUGAUACUUGGCAUUAGCAUGAAACUUGUGGGAGGGUUUAGAGAGAAUUCUAACACAAAACAUCCUAUUAAAUUGUACUUGAGAAAUGAAAAAACUCCUGUUGUAUUUUGACAGAAUUAUUUUUAUUAAAAUAUACAUCCAUGAGCA